UCAGAUGAGGAAACUGGUCCUGUGAAGUAAAGUGACGUGCCCACGUCACACACCUGGCUCAUUCUGGCUGCUGUCUUGACAAGAAACUGUGGGGAACACACGUGGAAUCCAGGAAACCUGCAAGAGGCAAUUGCACUAGUCUAGGUCUCCUGAGUGUGCCCCUGCUUCUCACUGCCCAUGCCGCUGGGAUUGGGGCGGCGGAAAAAGGCACCGCCUUUGGUGGAAAAUGAGGAGGCUGAGCCAGGCCGUGGAGGGCUGGGUGUGGGAGAGUUGGGGCCCCUGGGUGGAGGUGGGGCUGGGGGGCCCCAAAUGGGCUUGCCACCCCCAGCCCUGCGGCCUCGUCUCGUGUUCCACACCCAGCUGGCCCAUGGCAGUCCCACUGGCCGCAUUGAGGGGUUCACCAAUGUCAAGGAGCUGUAUGGGAAGAUCGCCGAGGCCUUCCGCCUGCCAACUGCUGAGGUGAUGUUCUGCACCCUCAACACCCACAAGGUGGACAUGGACAAGCUGCUAGGUGGCCAGAUUGGCCUGGAGGACUUCAUCUUUGCCCAUAUCAAGGGGCAACGCAAGGAGGUGGAGGUGUUCAAGUCAGAGGAUGCACUGGGGCUCACCAUCACAGACAAUGGGGCUGGCUAUGCCUUCAUCAAGCGCAUCAAGGAAGGCAGUGUGAUUGACCACAUCCAGCUCAUCAGUGUGGGUGACAUGAUCGAGGCCAUCAACGGACAGAGCCUGUUGGGCUGCCGGCACUAUGAGGUUGCCCGGCUGCUCAAGGAGCUGCCCCGGGGCCGCACCUUCACGCUGAAGCUCACCGAGCCCCGAAAGGCCUUUGACAUGAUCAGCCAGCGUUCAGGGGGUGGCCGCCCUGGCUCUGGCUCACAACUGGGCACUGGCCGAGGGACCCUCCGGCUCCGAUCCCGGGGCCCUGCCACAGUGGAGGAUCUGCCCUCAGCCUUUGAGGAGAAGGCGAUUGAGAAGGUUGAUGACCUGCUAGAGAGUUACAUGGGCAUCAGGGACACGGAGCUGGCGGCCACCAUGGUAGAGCUGGGGAAGGACAAAAGGAACCCAGACGAGCUGGCCGAGGCCCUAGAUGAACAGCUUGGUGACUUUGCCUUCCCCGAUGAGUUCGUUUUUGACGUCUGGGGUGCCAUCGGUGACGCCAAGGUCGGCCGCUACUAGGACUACCCCUGGACCUCUCCAUGAUGGCCUAGGCCCAGCCUGGUUGGGAGACCCUCCAAAGAGGACAUCAGGGCCUGGACCUGAGUGUCCAGCUUGGGCCAAGCUUAGCAUCCCAGGGCUAUGCAGAGGGGAGAUGGGGCCUGGCCACUGCCCCACUGCAAUCGGUACCACCCUGUCUCUGGUCCCCGGCCCCCUUGCCCUGCUCCCCACCUACCUCAGCCUGGUCAGGCAUGGGGAGGGAUUGGCCAAAUUGGGCAGCCACCCCCAUCUUCUAUACUUUCCACCAUCAGUUGCCAAAGUGGUCCUUCUAUGUCUUCCUGGGACCUCAGGCUCUGUUUGGGGGUGGUGACCUUCCUAGUUUCUUGAUCUAGGGAAUAUGAUGGUGUCCCUUCUGGAAAAUGCAAUAAUGCUCUCCCCCUCCACCAACCCCCUUUUGAGAGGAGCCCUCUCCCUGUGGAGUCUGUUACCUCCGCAUUUGAAAUGAGUCUGCUGUGAACCCCCAACCUUCCCCUCAAGGCCCAGCCUUGUACUAGAGCAGCGGGGAAGGGAGGCAUGAUGAUGAUAGGCUUUUGUAUCUGAAUUUGCUGUCUUGAACAUAAAGAAUAUAUCUGCUGUUG